AUGCCUGGCUCAAGGUCAUCCAGUGAUCAACUCAAGUUGGAAUUUGAAUCUGGGUCCAGGUUCAACUACUACCCCUUGCUGGAUCUAACCAAAGUCUUUAUAUUCCCUGCACAAAUUUAUCCAGUUGCCAGGUGUCUUUAUUGUCUAUUGUGUGUACAAAUUCCAUUCUGUGCACUAUUGUUUUUAAUUGAAGCUUUAUUUUAUAAAAUCCUUUAUUUCCUACAGCUAAUACAGAACAGAACAAACCUCACUGCCAACACAAUCUUCAUUCUCCUGGGAUUCAGCGAUCACCCAGAGCUUCAGAUGCUUCUCUUCCUGGCUUUCCUCACAAUCUACAUGCUUACUGUAGCUGGCAAUCUCAUCAUUGUUGUGCUUGUUGUCAGUGAUGAGCAUCUCCACACCCCCAUGUAUUUCUUCCUAGGGAACCUGUCAUGCUUGGAGAUCUGCUACACAUCCACCAUCCUACCCAGAUUGCUCUUCAGUCUGCUGACAGGAGAUAGAAUCAUUUCGGUUCAUGGUUGCAUGGGACAAUACCUCUUCUUUGUUGUCUUAGCAGUUGCAGAGUGUUAUCUCUUGGCCGUGAUGUCAUAUGACCGAUACUUAGCCAUCUGUAAACCUCUGAGGUACACAUCUCUCAUGAAUAGCCGAGUCUGCAUUUGGCUUAUUGCCAUCUCUUGGAUGAGUGGGCUGCUAAAUGUUAGCAUAGUCACUUCACUCUUGUGGCAGUUAAUGUUUUGCGGUCCCAACAAAAUUGAGCAUUUCUUUUGUGACCUAGCCCCCAUGUUAAAGCUCUCCUGCAGCAACACUGACUUAGCAGAACUGGUCAUUUUCAUUUUUUCCUCCAUAAACACUGUACUCCCCUUCUUACUUACCCUGAUCUCAUACAUUAAUAUUAUCAUCACCAUCCUCCAAAUGAAGACCAAGGCUUCGAGGCAGAAGGCCUUCUCCACUUGUUCGUCCCACCUCGCUGUAGUGAUUCUUUUCUAUGGGUCUCUGAUUUGUGUCUAUGUACUUCCAGAAACUACCAUGCUGAAGGGGCUUCAUCGAAUCUUCUCCCUGUUUUACACGGUCUACACUCCCAUGCUUAACCCUUUUAUAUACAGUCUGAGAAACAGAGAGGUCAAGGCUGCUUUUUUUAGAACUGCAACUAAAAUUGUCAAUAUAGCUCUUACCUUCCCUUAA